AUGUGUCCAAAAACGUUUUUGAGAAGAGAUCAGCUAAUUCAACAUAUGCGUGCCCAUUCAGGGGAGAAACCGUUUGGUUGCGAAAUCUGCGAAGCGUCGUUUUCUGUUUACGGCAACCUCCAGCGACAUCGUCAAGCGAUUCAUUCGAAGACAAAGGACACGCAACGGCGUAAAAUAUCCCACUCAGCUCAGGUCAACGAUUCUUCUGUUUCACGUGAUAUUCAGUGGAAUACCUCCGAGGGAUCGAGUGAUCUUGCUUGCUCUAUUUCAUUUGCCAAAAAAGAAAAAGUGUUAUCUAAAGAAAAAGGGAAAUCGGUUGGUGAUCCUCUCUCAACGGCUGAUGGAACGACACCAUCGAGUCAUUUCGGCAGAUGUCCCGUAUGCGGAAAAACCUUUGUCAACAAUUGGAACCUCAGGCGCCAUGCGGUUUUACAUACAAACAGAGCCUUGCAUGAAUGCGACAUAUGUGAGCAGCAGUUCAAACACAAGGGUGGUCUGAAAGAUCAUCGCCUGUUGGUUCACUCAAACCGUGACGAUAACGAUUGCAGGGAAGUACACAGGUGCCGCGUAUGCAGGAAGCCGUUUUUACGCAAGGACCUCUUAGGACAGCAUCUUCGUGCGCAUUCCGACGAACGUCCAUUUGGUUGUAAUUUGUGUGGAGCCAAAUUUACUUUAGCCGGCAACCUUAGAAAACAUCAACGUACGCUUCACCCACAGGAAAGCUCUUCAACAGAGUCCAGCGCAAAACCGACGGAUUCUCACCGUUGA